AUGUCCUCAAGCUCCUUGGUGGAGGAGGUGCCUCGUCGCAGCCCUCCUCCCGUUACAAUCCAACACCAGAUCCAUCCAUCUGACCCAAGGACAACAACAUUGGCCAGAAUGAGCGUGAAUCACAAUCGCACGAACUCAACUUCAUCUAAUUCUGACGGAAAUCCUUCUUUAUUUCUAAACUUUGUCUUUGACUCGAAGCAAAAAGAUGACUCAUCUCCAACUUCUGCAGCCUUUGAAUACGCUAUCACUUAUGUCGACACGACGAACAGUCCGGCAAUGAACGAAGAAAUAUUUUCUGUUACUACUCCAGAUAGUCCUAAAUUGAGACCAACUCGUCAGAACUCUGGCUCAACCACUCCGCGUGUCCGACCACCUGCAACUACUCUCAAUAUUCCUGGCAUGACUAGGUCAAAGAUUUCUCCAGAUGGUAAGAUUGCGCAAAGAGACGUUGGCGCCAAAUUAGUUGUAAUUAUGGUAGGCCUUCCUGCUAGAGGCAAGUCUUAUAUCACCAAAAAGAUUCGACGAUAUCUAUCUUGGCAGCAACAUGCGACUAAGAUAUUUAAUGUUGGAAAUCGUCGGCGGAUAGCUGCAGGUGCAGGUGGAUCGACUUCCCAGCAAACCUCAAUUGCUGCUGGUCAGCGCCCUCGAACUAAUAGAACGGCUUCUCCUAAUACCCAUAUUGAUGCACCUACUCAAGCUGCUCAUAUUCUACUUAAUGGUGUAGAUCCUUUAGAGGCCAUUGGAGAGGAGAGCAGUCGAAUGUGUCCUGUCGAUGUCAUAGAACAAAGUGCCGAAUUCUUCGACCCUAAAAACGAGCAAGCUACUAACCUCCGUGAACAACUCGCUAUGUCUACUCUGGAUGAACUACUAGAUUUCCUCCUAAAGGAAAAUGGCUCUGUCGGAAUUUUAGAUGCCACCAAUAGUACUAUCGAGCGACGUUUAAAUCUUUUCAGACACAUCAAAGAACGGGAACCAAAACUUAAUAUUCUCUUUAUUGAAAGUGUCUGCGAGGACGAAAAGUUGCUUGAGGCUAACAUGCACCUCAAACUACGAGGUCCUGAUUACCGAGAUAAAGACCCAGAAAGUUCACUAGCGGAUUUCAAGAGACGUGUAGCUGCUUAUGAAAGCGCCUAUGUUCCCCUGGGAAGCUUUGAAGAAAAACACAGCAUGCAGUACAUAAAGAUGAUUGAUGUGGGCCGAAAGGUGGUCCACUAUGCCCUCCAGGGCUUUCUCGCAAAUGGGAUCGCAUCCUACCUAUCUACUUUUAAUUUAUCGCCUAGACAGAUCUGGCUCACACGCCACGGAAAAUCUGUCGAUAACGCUCUAGGUAGGAUCGGAGGUGAUUCUGGCCUGACCGAAGAGGGUGAAAAUUACGCUACAGCGCUAUACAACUUUGUGGAUAAAAAGCGCCAUGAAUGGGAAAAGGAUCAAAAAGACCGUGCACUAGACAGUAUGAGACUCCCUCAACCUGGAGAUCAAACUCCACCCUAUCCUGAGCUUUUGGGCGAACUUGAAGCAAAAAAUUUCUGUGUAUGGACUUCAAUGCUUCAGCGCAGUAUUCAGACUGGUAAGGAAUUCGACGAGGACGAGAAUUAUGAUGUUAAGCAUUGGGAAAUGCUUAAUGAAUUACAUGCAGGCUCCUUUGAGGGUAUGACUUAUGAUCAUAUUGCUACAAACUACCCAGAAGAAUUUGCCAAGCGAUCUAAGGAUAAGUUGGGAUAUAUUUAUCCUGGAGUUGGUGGUGAAGGUUAUCUACAAGUCAUAGGUCGACUUCGAGAUGUUGUUCGAGAAAUUGAACGAAUUAAGGACCAUGUUCUCAUAAUUGGGCAUAGAUCAGUCUGCCGUGUCUUAAUGGCAUAUUUUAUGGAUCUUCAGCGGGAAGCCAUUGCUGAUCUAGAUGUGCCCUUGGGAAUGCUCUUUUCCAUCGAACCAAAGCCCUAUGGCAUCGACUUUCACGCUUACAAGUACAACGAGGCUACAUUCGACUUCGAUGAGCUUCACGAUUACAAACAUCGUAAGACAGUUGGUCCUGGAACCUAA